AUGGCAUUUUCUUCUUCGGCGUCGCCCACAGUGAUCCAGAUACAUCCAGUGACCAACGAGGACGGCGGUAAGAUAACAGCCGCCGGCGCAGCAGCGCCAACACCUACCACGGGCCCUGCACCGGCCACGGUCAUGUCGAGCGUCUCGAACCUAGCGCAGCUCCUGCCGACGGGCACGGUGCUGGCAUACCAGGCACUGUCCCCGUCCUUCACCAACCACGGCAAGUGUGAGAGCUCCAACCAGUGGCUCACCGGGGCGCUGGUCGCCGUCCUCACCGUCUCGUGCCUCUUCUUUGCCUUCACCGACAGCGUUGUCGGUCGCCGCGAUGGAAAGCUAUACUAUGGCUUCGCCACACUACGCGGCUUCAACGUGUUCAACUUCUCCAGCGAGGAAGAAAGGCAAGAGUGGAACGAUCUUGACCAGUUUCGGAGGCUCCGCCUCCGGCUGCUGGACUUCGUGCACGCCUUCUUCGCAGCGGUGGUUUUCCUCACGGUGGCGUUCAGCGACGUGGGGCUGCAGAACUGCUUCUUCCCGGACGCCAGCAGGAACACCGAGGAGCUGCUCAAGAACCUGCCCAUGGGCAUGGCGUUUCUCUCCAGUUUUGUGUUCAUCAUCUUCCCCACCAAAAGGAAGGGCAUUGGGUUCACUGACAACGCUCCUCCCCAGAAGGAAAUUCAUACUCAAUCGGAUUUGACGACACCGCUCCUCGCAGGCGUAGAAGUUGCUUGA